UAUCACACGCCUCUCCUCUUUCCUCUUUCCUCCUGACUCCUCGUCAUCAUCAUCACCAAAACCGCCUCUCCCUCUCUGUUCCAUCGCGUCUCCAGACUCCGCGGCGGCGGCGGCGGCGGCGGCGGGUACGGCUGCCGAGCCCCCCUCCCUCCCUCCCUCAAGAUGGACGGCCAUGAUUCAGCGGUGCCCCAUAUCCCUGAAGUAACAUUGGACAUCACACCUGCUUCUGGAGCAGCUGGGAACAAAAUGUGUAGAGGUGCGGCUUGUGACUUUUCUGACUCCAAUAACACCUCAAAAGAUGCACAGGAGAGAUCUGCGUCCAUGAGGAAGCUCCUAAUUGCGGUGAUCCUUUGUGUUAUAUUCAUGGCCGUGGAAGUGGUUGGAGGCAUCAAAGCAAACAGUCUUGCAAUCUUGACUGAUGCAGCACAUCUUCUUUCAGAUGUUGCAGCCUUUGCAAUAUCUUUGUUCUCUCUCUGGGCAGCUGGUUGGGAAGCGACACCUCAGCAGUCAUAUGGAUUUUUCCGUAUAGAAAUUCUUGGGGCAUUGGUUUCCAUUCAGCUUAUAUGGCUCCUUGCUGGCAUACUUGUGUAUGAAGCUAUUAUGAGGCUCAUUACUGAAAGUGGCGAGGUACAGGGCUCCCUCAUGUUUGCUGUAUCAGCUUUUGGUUUGUUUGUUAACAUCAUAAUGGCAGUCUUGCUUGGUCAUGACCAUGGGCAUGGCGGACAUGGGCACAGCCAUGGUCAUAGCCAUGGACAUUCACAUGACCAUGAUCAUGAUAACUCAGGCGACCACCAUACCCAUCAUGGAGAUCAUGAGGAGGGCCAUGUGCACCACCAUGAGCACAGCCAUGGUAGUUCUAUAACCAUCACAACCCGUCAGCACUCUCAUUCCAGCACUGGACAACAUCAGGGUGCUGAGGAACCGUUGCUUAAGCAUGAUGGUGAUUGUGAGAGUGCCCAGCCUGGUGGUAAGGCUGCCAAGAAGCGUAAUAUCAAUGUACACAGUGCCUAUCUGCAUGUAAUUGGGGACUCCAUCCAGAGCGUCGGUGUAAUGAUUGGAGGGGCUCUCAUCUGGUACAAGCCUGAAUGGAAGAUUAUCGAUCUCAUAUGCACACUCAUCUUCUCCGUGAUUGUACUGUUUACCACAAUCAAGAUGAUCCGAAACAUACUUGAAGUCCUGAUGGAGAGCACUCCUCGUGAGAUCGAUGCUACAAGGCUUGAGAAUGGUCUACGUGAAAUGGAAGGUGUGAUUGCUGUUCAUGAGCUGCACAUCUGGGCUAUCACAGUGGGGAAGGUGCUCUUGGCGUGCCAUGUGACGAUCACGCAGGAGGCGAAUGCUGAUCAAAUGCUUGACAAGGUCAUUGGGUACAUCAAGGCAGAGUACAACAUCAGUCAUGUGACCAUCCAGAUCGAGCGCGAGUAAGUCAUGUCAGGUAGUGGGGAUGAAAAGCGUGCUUGGAAACGGUUUAUCUUAUGCGCUCAAAUGUUUAGCUUUGGACUUGCAAAGGCGGUGCAGGUUUAUCUAGAUGUGGUAUCUGCUGGAGAAAUAUUGUAUGUCGUGUUACCAUUAGCCCAUUAGGUGAAUGAACUAUUAUCAUGUUGGUCUAGUCGUUGUAUUGGCAUGGAUGCAAUUUUCAAACAAUUUUCGAUCCUGCUGUGAGUUCAUCAACCUACAUGUGUAGUUCAGCGGCACUCUGUUCCAUCUCUUAUGUGAAAGAUCUGCUGUGGCACAUAUGUUGUCAUGUUUCUGUUUAGCC